AAAAAGAAACUAUGUUAUACCUAAUUUUUAUUCUUUAAUUUUGAAUUUAACCCAUCUGGGUUCUCUUCUAAUUCAUAGAUUGCUAAUAACAUUCAGAAUGGGAACUGGUUCAUCAAUGAAUCUUGAUUCGACCUCCCAUGGCAUCGGAGAAGAUCAUGCCGGCGGUCAACUCUAUGUAUCUCUCAAGAUGGAAAAUUACAGCCCCAGAGGAGACCUUGUUCCUCAUGUCUACGGCUCUGGCCCUCUCGUUGGCUCUUGGGAUGCCUCCAAAGCUCUUCCAAUGGAGCGCGAGUCAACCUCAAUGUGGGAAUUAAGUUUUGUUGUUCCUCCUAAUCAUGAAACAUUGGACUUCAAGUUCUUAUUGAAGUCAAAGAAUAACAACGGACCAUGCAUAGUGGAGGAGGGUCCAAUCAGGCAGUUCAUGGGUGGGGCCUUGCAAGGGGUUGCGAGGUUGGCUCUGUUUCGGCUAACCGCUGAGGAGGUUCUUGAGUACCGGGUGUGUAUUACGGCUGACAGGGUGUCACCCUUUGAUCUUGCUGCUAGUUGGAGAGCUUAUCAAGAAAAUCUUGAACCCUCAACUGUUCGUGAUAUUCCUGAUGUUAGUAUAAAUGCAUUGCCUGAGGGUGAGGAGAAUGGCUCUUCAACAAGUUUGGAUCUUGAUCUUGAACAAUAUGUGGUUCCAACACCACCAACUUCUCUGGUAUAUGCUGCUAACUUGACAGAGACUCCAAGAUGUUUGCAGCAUGGCAGGGGGGUUACCAAAGGCGAUGGUUCAGAAAAGGGUGUGGGUGUAUCCGUUGAUCGACCCCCAACUAUAAAGGAAAGGGAAGUUGUCGUUCAGGAAAAGGAAUCAGAUUCUCCUAAAGUGUACUAUAGUCCUGGCAUGGUUGAAUCAAAGUCUGUAGGUACGUUCUCAGUGGUACAGAAGCAAGAUGGUCAGAAAGGACUUCUUGUUGAUAGAGGCGUGGGAUCUUCUCGGUUAGUGAAAUCUGCGAGUGCAACCACCUUGCCUGAUUCAGAAGCCAAGAACUCAAUGCCGGCUGCUGCUGGAGCUGUUGCAGCUGCAGCCGUUGCUGAUCAAAUGCUUGGACCCAAAGAAGAUAUGCAUCUGGCAAUUGUCUUGGUUGGCUUGCCAGCUCGUGGCAAAACUUUUACCGCUGCUAAACUUACAAGAUAUCUCCGCUGGUUAGGUCACGACACGAAACACUUCAAUGUUGGAAAGUAUCGACGGCUUAAGCAUGGAGCCAACCUGUGUGCUGAUUUUUUCCGGGGUGACAAUCCUGAAGGCAUGGAGGCUCGGAAUGAGGUAGCCGCUCUGGCAAUGGACGACAUGAUAGCCUGGAUGCAUGAAGGUGGCCAGGUAGGAAUAUUUGAUGCCACAAACAGCACUAGCCAGCGAAGGAAUAUGCUUAUGAAGAUGGCAGAAGGCAAAUGCAAGAUCAUCUUUUUGGAAACGAUAUGUACUGAUCCACAGAUUAUUGAAAGAAACAUUCGGCUUAAGAUUCAACAGAGUCCUGAUUAUGCAGAAGAGCCGGAUUUCGAAGCCGGAUAUCAGGACUUCAAAAGGCGACUCGAUAAUUACGAAAAGAUGUAUGAGCCGGUGAAUGAAGGUUCAUAUAUCAAAAUGAUCGAUAUGGCUAGCGGCCAAGGCGGGCAGAUAGAAGUGAAUAAUCUAGGUGGUUACCUUCCUGGGCGUAUCGUGUUUUUCUUGGUGAAUACGCAUCUUACUCCCCGUCCGAUUUUGCUUACGAGGCAUGGAGAGAGUCGUGAUAACGUGAGGGGAAGAAUAGGUGGUGACACUGUUUUGAGUGGGCAAGGCGAGGUUUAUGCAAAGAAACUUUCUAACUUUGUGGAGAAGCGACUCAAGAAUGAACGAGCUGCUUCUAUAUGGACAAGCACAUUGCAGAGAACGAUUUUGACCGCUAAUCAAAUCGUUGGAUUCCCAAAGAUACAAUGGCGUGCACUUGAUGAGAUAAAUGCGGGUGUAUGCGAUGGGAUGACAUACGAGGAAAUAAAGAAAAAUAUGCCUGAGGAAUACGAGUCACGGAAGAAGGAUAAAUUGAGGUAUCGGUAUCCUCGUGGAGAGUCUUAUUUGGAUGUGAUACAAAGGUUGGAGCCCGUGAUCAUCGAGCUUGAACGGCAACGGGCUCCUGUCGUAGUAGUAUCUCACCAGGCGGUUUUGAGAGCAUUAUAUGCGUAUUUUGCUGAUCGACCGUUGAAAGAAAUUCCGCACAUAGAGAUGCCGUUGCAUACGAUAAUAGAGAUACAAAUGGGAGUCACCGGCGUCCAAGAGAAAAGAUACAAGCUUAUGGAUUGAUCAAUCGUAUUCAGCAAACGCUUAACGAUCCAUGAUUUACUGAUUGAAAACGAAACAUUACAACAAACAUUUGAUUACUAAAUAAUUACCAUCAAUCAAAAUACUUAUUUCGUCACACUUUCCAUA